UUGACGUUCCGCAGACCACCGAGCUGCGCGCGCCAGAUCCAGUUGGCGACCGCGCAGUACCGCGUGGUCAAGAAUCGCCUGGCCAGGCGGGCCGUCGAGGGCACGCCGCACGAGGUGCUGAGCCCGCACUUUCGCGGGGCGACCGCGGUCGCCUACAGCAGCGCGGAUCCCGUCGCGCUCGCCAAGACGCUGGUUGCAUUCACGAAGACCGCGCCGGAGCUGAAGGUCAAGGCCGCGGUGGUGGAGGGUGAGGAGAUCCAGCCGGACGCCGUCAAGGCGCUCGCGGAGCUUCCGCCGAAGCAGGAGAUGCAGGCAAAGCUGCUCGCGGUGCUGAAUGCGCCGGCGACGCAGCUCGUGCAGGUACUGGGCGCCGUGCCGCGCAAUCUGGAGCAGGUUGUCGAAUACGUCAAGGGCAUUUCCGUUCUCGAGUUGUCGCGGCUCGUCAAGACCCUGGAAGAAGAGCUCGGCGUGUCGGCGGCGGCAGCCAUGCCGGUCGCGGUGGCCGGUGCGGCGGCGGGCGCGGCCCCGGCCGAGGCCGAGGAGCAGACGGAGUUCACCGUCAUGCUGACCGAGAUCGGCCCCAGGAAGAUCAACGUCAUCAAGGUGGUGCGCGAAGUUACCAGCCUCGGGUUGAAGGAAGCCAAGGACCUGGUGGAGGGCGCCCCGAAGGCGGUCAGGGAGGAGAUUCCCAAGGACGAGGCCGAGACCAUCAAGAAGAAGUUCGAGGGCGUCGGCGCCACGGUCGAGAUCAAGUGA